ACCCAGCGUUAAUUAAAAUGUCUUCCGCCAAAGCUCCAAAUGAAAAUGAAACGCCCAGAGAUAGAAAACCAGGACUGAAGAGUGUUCAAACAACUAUGCUCUUCCGAGCUGUGAACCCAGAGCUUUUCAUUAAACCUAACAAACCUGUGAUGGCAUUUGGACUCGUAGCAAUUAGCCUCUGUGUGGCCUACCUUGGUUAUUUGCAUGCAACAGCAGAGAAUAAAAAGGACCUCUAUGAAGCAAUCGACAGUGAGGGGUCCAGGUAUAUGAGAAGGAAAACUUCCAAGUGGGACUGAGAACAUAAGGAGAUCAGCAAAUCAGUGACAGAACUUUUCAGGGCAACUCCUGUUUUUUUCACCAUCCAUUGAAGCAGUGGCUAAAUGUCCCUCUUGCUGUUUAAUGCAAUUUGAGUUCCUUUAGAGAAUGCUUUGCCUGUAUGAAUAAAUUGCGAUUAAGAUACGUGCAAACAUGAAAGUGAGUUUAAGAAUUGUCUGCAAUCUCCACAGUGUGCCAGAAGACAGGAAAUUACCUCAGAUGUGCAGUCAAGGCUGUGCCUUAGAAAUUUGCAUUGUUCAGCUCGCUUCUCUCUUUGAUUAAGUGAAGAAAGAGGCUUCUCUCUUAUUUUUUGAGCAGAAGGCAUAAUGUAUUGUGUGUGAAAAUAAAAAGGUGAUGCCUUAAUCCCUGGAAAGCUCAUAAUUAACAGUGG